GUGGUAGCAACUGUCAAACUUCAUCAAAACAACAAAACAUUCCUCCUCGUUCAGUGAAAAGUGCGUGCUAAAUCGUUUAAGAAUUAGUUUUUUCGCGUCGCAAAUCGUCCAAAAAUGACCACCGCCGCUCGUCCCACGUUCGAUCCGGCCCGCGGAGGAAGUGGCCGCGGCGAGAAGGAUCUGAGUGCGCUUUCACGACAAUACUCCAGCAGAGAUCUUCCUGGCCAUACGAAGCUCAAGUACAGAGACGCCGGCCAGGGCACCUCCGAGGAGCUGCGCAACCGUGACUUCCGCGAGGAGCUGGAGAAGCGCGAACGCGACGGCAAACCAGGCAAGGCCACGUCCUCUUCGGCGACUCCGUCGUCGAUCGUGCGCCGUGCCAUCGAGGCCAACAGCAGCAGCAAGCGCCAGAAGGUGGAGGCCACGCCGCAGAACCUGGACGCGGACGACCCCGUCGAUUCGGACAACUCGGACGACGAUUCCGACGAGGACGACACGGCGGCGCUGCUUGCGGAGCUGAACAAGAUCAAGCGCGAACGGGCCCAGGACGAGGCGAAGAAGGAUCUGGAGAAGCGCCAGGAGGAGGAACGCAUCCGGAUGGAGAACAUUCUGUCGGGGAAUCCGUUGCUGAAUUACGCGUCGACGGCGAAGGCCGAGCUGAAGGUGAAGCGGCGCUGGGACGACGAUGUGGUGUUCAAGAACUGUGCCCGGUCGGAGCCGGAGAAGAAGGGGCCGCAGUUUAUCAACGACUCGCUGCGGUCCGAGUUUCACAAGAAGUUCAUGGACAAGUACAUCAAGUAAGAGGUAGGUGGAGCAGGGGGGGGAUUUUUAGGUUUAAAUAUUUUCAUCUUUUUUUAUAUUUCAAAUAAUUUCGUAAUCUGUAUUGAAUAACAUGGUUUGUCUUAAGUGAAA